UUUGCUAUUCCGGUUGCGCCACGUAGAAAAAUAUAAACGUCAAUGUCAAAAUUACGUUUGCAGUUAAAAUGCUGUUGUGUUGUAAUAUUUCAAAAACGAAGCUGAAAUAAUAAGAAAUACGAAUUUUAUUUACGCGCACAACUUUUUCUUUUGAUUGUACGAUUCCAAAUGGGUUCCUCCCAUAGCACUGAAGUGCCAGGAGGUGGCUCGGAAGGAUAUCAUGUUUUGCGGGUUCAGGACGGGUCGCCAGGUCAAAAGGCUAAUCUCGAACCAUUUUUUGACUUCAUAGUUGCAAUAGAAAACACUAGAUUGGAUCAAGACAAUGACACACUAAAAGAUUUAUUAAAGCAGAAUAUCGACAACACAAUUAAAAUGUUAAUUUACAGUAGUAAAACUCAGUCAGUGAGAGAAGUAAUGAUCACUCCUAGUGCCAGCUGGGGUGGGCAAGGUCUACUGGGUGUUAGUAUAAGAUUUUGCUCCUUUGAAGGUGCAAACGAAAAUGUUUGGCAUGUACUGGAAGUCCAUCCAUCAUCUCCUGCAGAGUUAGCAGGGCUCAGACCAUUUUCUGAUUACAUCAUUGGUGCUGAUUCUAUAAUGCAUGAGAGUGAAGAUCUUUUCACUCUGAUAGAAGCCCACGAAGGUAGAGCACUGAAGCUAUAUGUUUAUAAUGCAAAUGAUGACACUUGUCGUGAAGUUCUUAUAACACCAAAUCACAUGUGGGGAGGAGAUGGCAGUCUAGGCUGCGGCAUAGGGUAUGGCUAUCUGCACAGGAUACCUGUGAGAGGUGCACAAAAUGUUCAAGGACAAAAAUUGUAUACUCCAAUGGCAACACAACAAACAUCUCAACUUCAGCAGAAUCUAAUUUCAAAUGUUCAAAAUUUAAAUAUAAAUGAAGAGAAGGUGCCAUUGGUCAGCUCCCAAGCUUCAAACAUUCAAGGGGAGCAGGUGCCUUCUGCACCACCACCAUUUUUAUCUGGAGUUCCAAUGGUCAAUCCAGGAAAUUUUACUGUGCCUACUAACGCAACACAGCAACUGAAUGACCAAGCUCCUCAACAAACUACUUUACUACAACAACCAAAUAUUCCACAGCCACCAAUGACGGCCCAAACUGUUGUCUCUAACAUGGCUACAUAUUCUAGCAAUUUAGCAGAUGCAACUUUGACAAAUCUGGGUAGCAUCCCAUCAGUUUCAAAUGUUCAACCACCAGCUCCCCUGCCGAAUCUGCCUGGGAUUCCCAUGAAUCAGCCACAGCCUUACAUACCGAUGAUGCCUAAUUACACACAGCAACAAACUCCUACUAGCAUUCCCCAAAGUGCGCCAAAUUUGGUACCAACGUUUGAUAUGAGCAGUUUUGCACCAGCUCCUAUACAACCAGCCAUCUCCACUGGGUUGCCCAUAGUGACUCCAGUAUCAUUACCAGGCAUGCCUUCAAUAACAGUGAGCGCUACACUGCCGGUCUCUACUAUGCAAGAAAUCCAUCAACAACAAACUUUACAGCCACAAGACUUAUUAUCGUAAAGGGAUGAGAGAUAAAUAAAACAUUAUCUUGCUAUUAUUAUUUUGACAUGGUAUUUUAUGUGAAUUUUAUUUUCAAACUUUGCAGAACGCAUCAGUUAAGUAUAUGUGUAUUUGUUUUCAUUACAAUAUUCAGGAAAGAAAAAAAUAAAAUUACUACCCACUCCAAUUAUCCUAUGGAAUUUGGUUGUACAGACAACUUGCAGCAAAGGCAUUUAUUUAUACAUAUUUUAAAACGAAGAAUUCUAGAUAUAAUUUUUUUUUCUUCCUUGAAUAUAGUAUAAUAAAUUAUUACUCUCGCUAUAAAAUGCCUACGUCUAAACAUGUCCACUGUACUCGAAAACUGUCCAAUUCUGAGUAUGUGUAAAUUAUAGGUACCUACCUAUAAUAUUGGAGAAUAGAAACAAAUUUGAAAGACCGGAGGUAGUACGUAAUUUAAUAAUUAGCUAUGCCUAAAGUUUAUUUAGAUUAAGAAUAGUAAUACUAAGUAUUGAGUUAAUAUUCCAUCAUUUAAUUUGAUUAAUUUCAUUGUGGUUUGUAAAAUGUAAGUCGUAUAAUCUCUCAUAACAUCCACCUUCUCAAUUUGACCGUCUGAAUGACGUGCCCCUGUCGCGUGAUUCGGAUUUCGGCCGAUUGUUAAAUUAUCCACUGUGGCCCUUAUCCCCAAGGUACUCACUUCUUUUAAUUAAGUAUCUAUUACUUGAUACAAUAAAUUAUUGAUAUAAGCUAACAAUUUGUACAAUUAGACAAUUCAGAAUUGGACAUGAUUAAUUUAAAAUUUAUAACCCUGUGGAUAUUUAUAGAAUAGGUCAUUUUAAUACGAGACGAAAUUACAUUAUUUAAAUAAUUAUUGUUAUGUAAAAAACUUGGCAAAAAUACACGAUAUAAGAUAAA